UCAAAUGCAGAUCCGAGAUGGAGUUUUUCAUUGCAAAUUCUUUCCAUUCCCUUUCUGUGGCAUCAUUUGCCAUUUUUCAAAGAGGCAGGUUUUAUAUUCAUCAAAUGGCCAAUUUUUUGCCUAGUCAUGCUGGUGUCCUUCCGGAUGAUAUAUUACAAGAAUAUCCUGGUCAUGCAUGCUUACUUGGGAAUUUACUUGAAGUUGCUGGAGUUGUUUUAUCUGAUCCAAGCUCUACUUAUCAUACAGCAAUUGAUUUUCUGACUGUUUCGACAUUUUUAUUGGAAGUAUUGCCUUCAGUGGACUCGUCACCUGUACAAAAACCAGUUGAUGAUGAAUUAACAAUGGAUGAUGAAGUUCUAAGUCCAGAUUUACAGAAGCAGAUAUCCAGUUCAAUAGAUUCAUGCCUUUUACAGCAUUUGGUGAAUGCUUUGUUAAAAGCUACAUGUCCAACUGGUUAUUCUGAUAAGACUUGGCCAUCUAAUAUAGAAGUGGAAGCAAUAAGUGCUGUUUGCACUUUUCUUCAUGUUACAUUCUGUACGCUGCCUCAUGAACUCAUCAUGACCCUACUAGCCUACAGAACUGAGCUUCUUCCUGCUCUUUGGAAUUAUAUAAAGAGAUGCCAUGAGAAUCAAAGAUGGUCAUUCUCUUCUAAGCUCACAGCGCAUAUACCUGGAGAUACUCCAGGUUGGCUGUUGCCUCUGGCAGUUUUUUGCCCUUUGUACAAGCACAUGCUAAAGUUUGUUGAUACUGAAGAAUUCUAUGAGCAGGAAACACCAGUUAAAAUAAAGGAUAUUCCAUCUUUGGUUAUCAUUAUAAAGCAGGCCUUAUGGCAGCUCCUAUGGACAAUAAAUGGGCACGUGUCGUCUCAAAAUUCAUCUAGAUCUCUUCCAGGUGACAAGAAGCUGUCUGUGGAACUAAUUAACCGUAAAGCCAGGGUUGCAAUGUCUGAGCUUCUGAGCCAGUUGCAAGACUGGAACAGUAGAAGGCAGUUCAUGUCUGCUGACGAUUUCCAUCUUCAAGAAGCAAGGAGUAAAACUUUUGUUUCUCAGGCCUUACUUGGAAAUACUCGAGCGUCUGAUAUAUUAAAACAAGCUCCAUUCUUAGUGCCAUUUACAAGCAGGGUCGAAAUUUUCACUUCAGAGUUAGUGGCUUCUAGACAAAGAAGUGGAGCUCAUCCUGGUUUAACUAGACUCACUUUCAAAAUAAGAAGAAAUCGAGUACUUGAAGAUGCUUUCGAGCAGCUGAGUACAUUAUCUGAGGAUGAUCUUAGAGGACCAAUUCGGAUAUCUUUUGUUAAUGAAUUUGGAGUUGAGGAGCCUGGGGUUGAUGGUGGUGGAAUUUUUAAAGAUUUUAUGGAGAACAUAAUCCAGGCUGCUUUUGAUGUCCAGUUUGGGCUAUUCAAGGAAACACCCGAUCAUCUUCUGUACCCGAAUCCUGGAUCAGCAUUAGUUCACAAACAACAUCUUCAGUUUUUCCAUUUUCUUGGGACUCUUCUCGGGAAGGCUAUGUAUGAGGGCAUCCUUGUGGACAUACCAUUUGCAACAUUCUUCCUUAGCAAAUUGAAAGAGAAGAGCAACUUUUUGCAUGACUUGCCUUCACUAGAUCCAGAGUUGUAUCGGCACCUUCUCUUUUUAAAGCAUUAUAAAGGUGAUGUUUCAGAGUUGGAACUGUAUUUUGUUGCUGUAAACAAUGAAUAUGGUGAUCAAACAGAAGAGGAGCUAAUCCCUGGUGGAAAAGAUCUGCGUGUUACCAAGGACAACGCUAUUGCCUUCAUUCAUCUUGUUGCAAAUUAUCGCCUAAAUUAUCAGAUUCGCACUCAAAGCUUGCAUUUUUUACGAGGAUUCCAACAACUUGUACAAAAGGAAUGGAUUGAAAUGUUCAAUGAACAUGAAAUUCAGCUUUUUAUAUCAGGGUCGCUUGAAAGCAUGAAUGUGGAUGAUCUGCGUUCAAAUACCCAGUAUACCGGUGGAUAUCAUCAUGAACAUCAAGUCAUUGAGAUGUUCUGGGAAGUACUCGAAAGCUUUUCUUUGGAGUAUCAGAAGAAAUUUCUCAAGUUCGUAACUGGAUGUUCUAGAGGUCCACUUCUCGGUUUCAAGUACCUUGAACCGAAAUUCUGCAUACAAAGGGCUGCUCCCUUGGAUGUCACCCAAGAGUAUCUUGAUCGCUUACCAACGUCAGCCACUUGCAUGAAUCUGCUGAAGUUACCACCAUAUCCAAGUAAAGAUCAAAUGCGAACCAAAUUGAUCUACUCUAUAAGUGCAGAUGCCGGUUUUGAUUUGAGUUGAUGAAGGAUCCCUGCUGCCUGCACAGUUGUAGAAUGGAAGAGGAGGCAGAACCUGUAAAUAGAUGGUUGUGAGUAGCCUUCACAGUUGUAUAGACGUACGCACCUCCCCCGGGUCUGCACACAGAAUUUGUUACAUAACAACCAAGUGGAAAUGUCAAACAUCUGUGUCCGUUACGAGUCCA